UUUGUGAGGAAGGAGAGAGCGAAAGAGGAGGGAAAGGGGAAAGUCGAGCCUGCUGCUGGUGCCGAGAGCGAGAGAAGGAAGCGGCAAGGCAGCCGCAGGAGGAGGCAGCGCGGGGAGCAGCGAGGGUGCCUCGGAGCCAAAGGGGGGGGGGCGGCGAAGGGGCUCAGGCGGAUUGCUGAGCACCUGGGUGGGGAAAGUGAAGGGCGCGCCCGAGCCCCAGGAGGAGGGAGAGGGGAGCUGGGCGUCGAAAGCCCGCAAGAAAUUAUGGGACAAAAGGCGGAGACCGAGAGGGAGCAGCAAAGUGACUCGUGGGAGAAAGUCAGCAAGUGAGGGACCCGGCCAGGCUGAGGGAGGAAGGGACGGAGCCGCUCCGGGGGUGGGGGCUGCCGGCGGCCGCGGCGAUGGGCAUUGCGGGGUGAGUGAGCGGGGGAAGAGGAAGGCCCCCGAGCCCACAGAGGGAGCAGGACCGGCUAAAUUUUGGCGGCCCGGACGAAGGAAGGAGGAACGGCGGCAAGGCUGCUGCAGGGAGCGAAGGAAGCCACACAGCCGCCCCAGCAGCAGCGGCGGCGAAAUGCGAUCCCCACUCGGCUUGGAGGACUGAGGCGGGAUGAGGAGCCGCCCGCUCCAGCCGCGCAAGGUGCUGAGGAGGAGGUUCCGCCUGCUGCUGGCCCUCGGGGUGCUGACCGUGGGGCUCUGGGCAGCCUACCUGGAGCUGGUGGCGUCGGCCGAAGAGGGCGGGCACCUCUUGAACCACCGAUAUGGAAGCUGGGGUGAACUGGCCAGAGCUCUGAGAAACCAGGACAAACCCAUAGUGGACCCAAGCCUUCAGUUUUAUCUGCCUCAAAAACCAGAACAUCAGGACCAAGUGCACCAAAGAGACAGGAGCAAUUCUACAAGGUUGGACAACUCUGCCCCCUGGAGGCCUGAGUUCCAGGGUCAAGUCAAUCUCCAUGUCUUUGAGGACUGGUGUGGUAAUUCUGUUGAGCAGCUGAGGAGAAACCUUCACUUCCCACUGUAUCCCCAUACACGGACCACUUUAAAGAAACUGGCAGCAUCUCCAAAAUGGACUAACUAUGGAUUGCGUAUAUUUGGCUACCUGCAUCCAUUCAGUGAUGGUGAGUUUCAGUUUGCCAUUGCUGCCGAUGACAAUGCAGAGUUCUGGCUGAGUUCAGAUGAAAACACCUCAGGCCUCCAGCUGCUGGCCAGUGUAGGCAAGACUGGGAAGGAAUGGACCGCACCUGGUGAAUUCGGAAAGUUCAGGAGCCAAAAGUCAAGGCCUGUCAAGUUAUCAGCCACUAGCUGGUACUACUUUGAGGUGCUACACAAGCAAGAUGACAAAGGGACAGACCAUGUGGAAGUGGCAUGGAAGCUGAAUGACCCCGAAAGCAAAUUUGUGGUUAUUGACUCUCAAUACAUCUCCCUUUAUGCUAAUGAAACUCUAAUGAAAAUGGAUGAAGUUGGUCACAUCCCACAGACGUUGGCUACUCGUGCAAGCCGGACUACACACAGUCGGGAUGCAAUGGAGCACCCAGCAGACAUGCUGAAGACUGACCCUCGGGACACCAUUUAUAAAUUGCCUCUCAUAAGCAAGUCACAGAUGCGCAAGAUCCUUCCAGACUGCCCUUAUCUACCAAGCUAUCUGGUCAGUGGAUUCCCACUGCAGCGCUAUCAGGGACUCCAAUUUGUUCAUUUGUCCUUUAUAUAUCCCAAUGACUACAGUCGCCUAAGCCACAUGGAGAUGCAUAACAAAUGCUUUUACCAAGAAAAUUCCUAUUAUUUGGAGAGAUUUGGAUUCUCCAAGUAUAUGAAAAUGGAUCAGUCAGAUGGGAGAAAUCUAGAGGAGCCAACAGAAGAUCCAGACUUCGAAGGUGAAAAUUUUGAUGACAUCCAAUACGCGGAUCCAGAAACAGAGGACUCACUGAAUUCCACCAAACUCAGGGCUGAGAGGGGCCCCAUCCUGGCAGCAGAGUAUGGCAAUGUUUAUGAUUAUUCCCCACAAAAGCGUCGAAAUCUCUUGUCAGUUACUGGAAAGGAUACACAAAACAAAGGACCUAAAGGGCUGAGAAUAAUUUCAACCAACAAGCGCAACAAAACCAAUUCAGAAAGGAAUUCACCAAUGAAGAGGCCACAUCUGAAAGUCACAGAAAAUUCAAGAAACUCUCCUCCUCGUGACAGGAGUGUCCACGAGUUAUUAACAAGCAAAGACAAAGUGGAGGGUGAGGACUUACAUGCCAAUAAAAGGCCCAGAGUGGUUGGGGAGCAAAAUCCUGUCAGGUACAAAGACUCAGCCAGAGGGACCUCAAGAGAGAUUGGUCCUGUUCAAUUAGAGUUUAAGGCAAACAGAAACAAGGCUCCAUCUUUGGACAUGAUAAAAGCAAGGAGACAAUCCCAAAUCCUUGACAAAGGAACUGGAAAGACAACCCUCCGAGAACAGCCUGUUCAUGAGGACCAGUGGUUUAACCAAGUGGAUUCAUAUAUAGCCCAGCACAAGGCAGCAGAUGCUGCAAAUGUCCUCUUGGGAAGGGUGGAUCUGAAUUCCCAGCAGCCUGUUAGGACGGAUCCUACUCAACCAACAGUGCAAGAGGUGAAGGAAGAGGAGAUGCUAGUAGUAGAGGAAGAAGGAGGAGAGGCAGAUGGAGAGGAAGAGGGAUUUGACCACAUGCCUGUAUUUGACCGGCCAGUAAACUGGGAACAGACCUUUAGGGCAAGUAACUUGGACUUUCAAAUGCUGCGAACAGACUGGAUUGACCUGAAGUGUAACACUUCAGGGAACCUCCUGUUGAAAGAGAAAGAAGCCCUAGAGGUCACUCGUGUAUUCCUGAAGAGACUCAACCAAAGAAACAAAGGGCGAUUCCAGCUGCGGCGCAUUGUGAAUGUGGAGAAACGGCAAGACCACCUGAGGGGCAGCCGCUACCUGUUGGAGCUGGAGCUGCAGGAACGGGGAGGGCGCCUGGUCCGUUUCUCAGAAUACAUCUUUGCAAAGGACUGGCAUGGGGCCAGCAGUGGUGAGGAGGAGAAGCUUAUGAAGGAUCUGGCAUGGGGCCGCCGGCGUCACCUGAUGGCCAGCAACAGUGAGCCCAUCCUUUGCUGGCCGGUGGGCUUCACCUGGAAUCAUCGUGCCGUUGUGCACUUCAUAGUGCCGGUGAAAAACCAGGCACGCUGGGUGCUGCAGUUCAUUUCUGACAUGGCAGAGCUCUUCAGGAUGACUAAGGAUUCCCACUUCAAUGUCAUCAUCACAGACUUCAGCAGUGAUGACAUGGAUGUAGAAAAGGCACUUAAAAAAUCUACCUUGCGCAGGUACCAAUAUCUGCGGCUGACAGGAAAUUUUGAGCGCUCGGCAGGCCUGCAGGCUGGGAUAGACCUCGUGAAGGAUCCGCACAGCAUCAUUUUCCUGUGUGAUCUCCACAUCCAUUUCCCAGCAGGGAUCAUCGACUCCAUUCGGAAGCACUGUGUGGAGGGGAAGAUGGCCUUUGCGCCCAUGGUUAUGAGGCUGCAGUGUGGCGCAUCCCCACAGUGGCCUGAUGGCUACUGGGAAGUGAAUGGUUUUGGUCUCCUGGGCAUAUACAAAUCUGAUCUGGUUCGUAUUGGAGGCAUGAACACCAAAGAGUUCCGGGAACAGUGGGGAGGAGAGGACUGGGAACUCCUGGACAGAAUCUUUCAGGCUGGCAUGGAAGUGGAAAGACUAUCACUCAGGAACUUCUUCCAUCACUUCCACUCCAAACGGGGCAUGUGGAACAGACGUCAGCUGAAGAUAUGAUCACAUUUGCACUCCUGAAUCCCAGCACGCACUUUAUCCAGGCAUAUCACCAAAUAUACACUCAUCUUCCCUGACAAAAAUCCUCACACAGGUUGUGAUGUUUGUAUUUGCAUAUUUAAUGAGAAAAGAAGUCAAGGCAUAGACCUGGGAGCUUUUUCUAGAAAAAAUAGGAAGAAUGUGAUCCUACCUCUUAUGUCUUCAAUCCAGAAAGUGGCUUUUGAGAGUGUGGAACAGAUUUUCUCACCAGCACUUCACAGGAGCACUUCUGAGAAGCAUCAGGUAUACUGCAUGGAUCCCCCUCCCUGCCCAAAGGCUCUUUUUAUGAUCCCUUGCUUUUUAAAAAUGAAUGUUCUUAAAAGCAAAAUUCAAAAGUAAUGACAUGAUUCUUCCAUUCAAGAGAAUUAUGAGACUAUCCCAGACUUCCAAGUUCUGGGUCUGGGAUUAAUAACACACAGAGAUCUGGAAGGCACCAUGGCGUUGAAGGGAUGCUUCUUCUACCGGAAUACCAGAAGAGAGAGUGCUGUAAUCAAAGGAUAUAAAUGAGAAGAUGCCACAACUUUAGUGCCUUGCACAGUGUAUAAUAGGCCUUUAUAUCACAUAUGGUUUAUUUAUAACAAUGCAGCUUCUUGUUAUUGUUUGAGAUACUUGUGGGGGAAAAUAUUUUCUGAAAUUCAUGCCUUUGGACCAAAGUCAAUUAGUUCUUAGAUGGGGGUUGGGCCUGCAUCCCUGUGCUUAGCCCAACCAGGACACGUUCAGAGGUGCUGGUGAGCUCCUCUCUUCAUUUAAAGCAAAUCAUGAACGACUCAGGUAAAGCAAAAGAAACAUGGGCCUUAUGUGGAAACUGAUGUGCCUUUUCCUUGUGACUGCCUGCAUCUUUCUUGGAUUAAUCAACAGAUCACUGGAACAAAUUACUGUCAAAACCUCACUAGGACUGGGGUUAGUUGGUGACACAGAACUGUGUUUUAUCUUGACAACUGCAUGGAACAUGACUUAGAAGACAAAGGGAAAUGGAAAUAUCUUAUUUAUUUUAUAUGCUAAAAUUCCUGCAGGAGGAGAGAGUCAGUCAACAUGAGGCCACCAACUUUUUCUUGAAUCCUGUAUGUAGCAUAGCACUUUGGAGAUAUUAUUUAAUAAGUUAUGAUUUUACUAUUACGUUCUGGUAUUGAUCAUGCAUGAAGAACAGAUAUCCUUGCAUUGAUGUUUGAAAAAGAGCUGCUGUGUACAUUGCAAUUGUGGAAGGACCAUAGGGGAGCCAUUCUUUUGUGCUAGCUGAUCAUGAGAAUCAUGGGCACAUGGUUGACAUGGUGCUCACCUUCAGGAAAUGAACUUCCUCGCAGCAGGUUCCACCUCAGACCGAAUGGGUGUGUAUACUUUUGUAGCCAGGUUUCUUCCCUGAUUCAGGAGAGAUUAGUUGAAGAGUAAAUGCAGAUUUAUAUAGGCCAAAUAAUAAUGGACAGUGGCAUUUUCCAUCUCUGAUACACAAGUUUUGUUUGCACACCUAUGCCAGCAGCUUUUGUCGCACAAAUGGGACAAGAGCUAAAGUCCAGCACAAAGCAGGAGCCAUUUUAUGUCCUUCAACCCACUGAUUUCAGCUUGCUUAAAUGUACCUAACUUUCUGCUGGAUUGUGGCCAGUAUCUUCAUUUGGACCAAUCAGUGCCUUUUUAAAUUCUGGAAUGAACUUUUUAUGGCUUACAGGAGUCUUCCUCAAGUUGAAGAGCAGAAAAACACAUAUGUUGCUUUGCCAGGCCAUGGUGUUUUCUGCCUUUAUCCAGGAAUGAAUGCUGACUUUCCACUGCCUUUAUUGUCCCAGACUGCUACCUCGAGCCAAGUUAGAGUCAUGUUGCUCUUCAUAACACAGAGGUGGUGUGUGUGUGUGUGCAUCAUUAUCUUGCAACAGGCAAUGGCUAAUGGCAGGCCUGAUUUGGACAAUGCAGGAAUCAGUUUCUGCCAUAUGAUUUGCUCAACCAGCAGAGGUGAGAGGCAAUAACCCAAAACCUUUCCAUGUGUAGACCCAACCACACGUCCUUGGUGUUUGGAAAUGCUCUUAUUUAGGAAUCUACAUCCUAAGCUAGAUGAGAGGGAGCCACACAGUUUUUUCAGCUCAGGAUCAAUUUUUUAUCUGCUCUCUGGCCAACACUGGUGUCCUGACCGGGGAAGAAGCAGAAUAUUCAGCCCUUGCAGUACAGAAAUUUCCAUGUGUCCAGGAGCAAAGGCACAACUUAAAUAUAAAUUUUGCACACAAUAAUCUGGAUAUAGCCGUUUGCAAUAGUAGCUGUAUUGUUUACAAUUCCAUCUUGAAUAAUGAGCAUCUUGUGCUGAUUAAUUUAUGUGGGCCUGGAUGGUUUAGAACAGUUUGAGAAAGCUUUGAACCUCAAAGAUGAUAUACCUUGGGAGGUAACUCCUCAGAUCCAUGACUUGAGAGAGCUUGGACUAUUUCUUCCCAGGAGAGGCCAUGCCCAGGGCACAGAAUGCUUCUGGGCAAUAAGGCCAAUUGAGGAUAAUUAGCCAUAGUAGCAGUAGCUGCUGCUUAUGCACUCUGAGCCUGAAUUUGUGAUUCAGAAAUGGAACCGAAGAGACUUCGGCCAGUCUGUCUAGUACAUCCCUUACACAGGCAACUAUGUAGCAGGUAAGAAGCUAGCAGGUCCCCCACAUAGGCCAACACCACCACCCAUAAGAAGGUUGGGCAUGUUGCUAAUAUUUGUAUAAAAGACCUCGUGUUUUGUAGCUUACCUGCAUUGUAGUGUAUAUAUUUCACAAGGAAGAGUAAAUGUACAGUUUAGGGAAGUAAUGAUAGAUGAAAUAAGCUCUAACCACCCUGUCCUCAGUACUUUUUUUCUGCAUAAGAAAGAAUAUUAAGGUUUCCUCAGUUUUUGUGUUGAGUGCUCAUUUCCUGUUUUAGCGAGGCAACUGUUAGUGAAAGCAAAGAUAGGCAUUCAUUUGCUGUGUCUCUCAGGAGAAAAACAGUUGCUACCCAUAGCACAGGUUUCUAAACAAAAGUUCAUCUAAAGUUGGCCACUGCCUGACUGGCAUUGAACGUUUGUUUUUAAGUGACCGUGACUUGCUGCUUUCAGUUUUGCACAUCCAGUCCGCCAACACACAUGCUUCUUGUAUGUUUACGGUCACAGGUUCAGUCCUUAGCAUCUCCAGUCAAGGUCUCUCAAGUUUCCAGUAGGGCUGGAAGCAAGCUCUACUUGACUCCUUGAAGAGCUGUGUAGGUAACAACAGGUUAGAAAUACAGGACCAUUGACUUGAUUCUCUCAGACAGCUUACCUAAAGUUUAAGAUGUUGCCAUGUCAGUUAUUAUACAGUUCAAUCAAAGCUGAACGAUAAUGGGUGACUCAGUGCUAGUGGGUUUGGUUUUGAUAGGUCAACUUAGCAAUCAGAAGGCCAACAGGUCAUUUGUUUGUUGGCUUUGUAAGUUUACUGCUCAGUUUUGUUCGAGUCCAGACUGGAGUCAAACCAGACCAGGCUUGUUUGGUUUUGCCACAACCCAAGGCGCCUCCCCCCGCUGUGCAGUCUAGGGGGGUUGGCAAUUUAAUUUUUUUUUAAUUUACUCACCCCUUCUGGGGGGCUUCUCCGAGGCUGUGUGUCUCUGGAGGAUCCCCCUCC